UUGUAAAUUAAAAACAAAUAAUCGUAAAGAUAUUUAUAACUUGUACCUAAUGUUUCUUUUAGCAUUUUACAUAGGUAGACCAACUUAUGAGGAAUCUUGUAUUACAUUUUCAAAUCUUAAAUAUAAAUAGAAAAUUUUUUUAUCAAUUUCUAGCUCAAAAUAUUUUUCAUAUAUAUAAACAUUUGAACUUUAAAUCCUUAUAAAAAAAAUUGUGACUGGAUUUUUAAUAUUAUUCAAAUUUCAUUGUAACAAUAUAUUAGGAGUCUUGUAUUAAAUUUUCAAGAUUUUUUACCCGACAAAUUAAAUAUUAUUGACAUUCAUAGAAAUAAAAACUAAAAAAAAUUGAAACUGAAAAUGUCCGUAAACGGGUCGAAACAAAUCAAAAUUUUAUCGUUUAUAGAAAAUGCUAAUUUAUUUAAAUAAUUUCAUAUAUCAACGGUCAUUUGUUUUAAAGUUACACCAAAAACCAAAAUCGAUUUUGUCGAAAACCGAUUUAGCGUGAAAAUCCCAGGUUUUCCUUAAUUUUUUUUUUUAAAUUAAUAAAUAGCACAUCUAGACACCUCUACUCUAGGAUGGCCGCCACUGCCUACAUAAUAGUAUAAUUUUUUAACUAUAUUGACAUUUUUAAUCAAUUGUUUUCUUCUGUAAUUGUCGAUAAAAAAGAUUUUGAUCGGUCAAAAACUUUGAAAAUUUAAUACAAGGUUCCUCUUAAAUUUAGGCUAGGUUAAAUUUAUAAUCACUACCCGUAUAUCCGGUCUCUUAAGUAUUACGUAAAGAUUGAUAAAAUUAAUCGAUUUUUGAUUACUAAUAGGUAUCGUUAUUAUAAUAAGUAUGUACCUACAUAAUUUUACAUACGAACUAUAUAAUAAUAUAUUGUAUUUCAGUAUAUCAAACAAUUCAACUUAUAAGCCAAAAUUCAACACAAAUGACUUAGACUUAUCGAGAAAUUCUAAUUAUCUAGAAAAUUAAUCGCACAUAUUGUAAUAUGUUCCAACAUUGAAAUGCGGGGGGCAUGGGAUUCUUUGGAAUUAUCGAAAAUUCCACUUAUAGAAGUUCCACUGUAUAUAUAAUUAUAUAAAAAUAUAAUUUACCAAGCUUUGCGAUUAAGAUCUAGUCAUUUCACGUUUAUGUGUUCUAAGGUUUUAACCGAAUUGACCUAUUCAUUUUUAUUCUUGUUUUCUCUCCAUUCACUAUAAUAUUUAAAAAUUUAAAUUAAUUUAAAUUCAAAUUAGCUACUUAAUAAUUAUAUAAUGGAAUUCGUCACGACUGAAGGCUAUAGAUCAAACAGUAAAAUUGUACAUUGUAACAAUGGGUAUUUUUACAAAAUAAAAUGUACAAGAACAAAUUCUAAAUCAUUGCAAUGUAUACAAACAGACUGUUCUGCAACCGGUCUCAUCGUGGAAAAUUUAUUGUAUGAGAAACGUACUCACACUACACAUGGCCCUGACAUGAACUAUUUAGCCCUAGUGACUUUAAAGCAGAGUAUUUUACGAAGGUGCGUGGAAGAAUGUACUCCACUUCGGGUGAUUUAUGAAGAAGAGACAUCAAGAACACAAGGGUUAGAACAUCACCUAGGGUAUACUUCUCUUUUGAGAACUAUGGAGAGAACUAGAGCUGCAGCACAACCACAAAUACCACGAGAUCUUAUGGAAUACGCAGGUAAUCUGGUAGAUGCUCGAUACGUUCAUUUAUUCAAAACUGCUAAUGGACGAGAAAUGUUCAGAGGGUUCGUCAUGGGUCCUCCUGACGCUGGAUCAGCAGUCGUUUUCAUAUCUCCAUCCCUGGAAAAGUAAUUAAUUUUAACUAUCAAGAACACAAUGUUAGAAUAUAAAUCUACUCCUCGGUAUAUUCAACAUGUAUCUUAAUUUAAACAAUUUUUAGCCUAUUGACUUCUGCUCGAGAACUUCAUAUAGAUGCCACAUUUAAAAGCAGGCCCCUUGUUCCACAAACAGAACAACUGUUGAUAAUUAUGGCCAUGUACAUGGACCAGGUAAACUUUGUUUAAACGUUAAUACAUAUACCUAAUGCUAUAUUUUAAUACAUUAUACCAAUUUUUUAUAAACUAAAUACCUAACUA